AUGGAGGACAAGCAAACCCCUCUGCAGCUGCCGCCUCCAAAAGAUGGCACCCCGGAUUGCCAGCCUUACGCUACCCUCACUGAUGGGACCCUACGGUCACGCCUUUCCCCAGCAGCUUCGAGCCAUGCAGAGCCAGAUACUGUGGAGGCCAGUAGCAAUAACAGCCCACAGCCGGUGACAUUGAAAGUGGAGAUAGACGAUGGAUCCACCAACAAUGAAAAACUCACCGAGACCGUGACUUUUCCCCACCUAUCCAAUGAUGCACCAACUUCCCCCAAGCAGCCAGCCUAUCAUGCGCACUCAGACGGGGAGGACGAAGAGCGGGCAACCGCCAAGUCCUUCCCAAGGUCCACAAGUCCGGCCUCAGCAGCGCAACGAAACAGAGGCGCCGUCUACCAGAAGGUUGGCGAGGAGGGUGUAUGUCAGAUGCACAGAUUCUCGUUGUAUGAAACAGCAAGCCGCUACUACCUGGUGGGAGGUGAUGUUGUGGAUCGAAAAUUCAGGAUCUUAAAAAUAGAUCGGACUGCUGACUCCGGAGAUCUGAGCAUUGCUGAAGAUGAUAUUGUGUAUACCAAGAAAGAAAUGAACCAGCUGUUGAAUACGGUGGAUGACGGGAACAGGGCCUCUGGAGGCUUGAAGCUCAAAUGUAGCACUUGGGGUCUCCUCGGAUUCAUCAGGUUUACUGGUGCAUACUACAUGCUUGUCAUCACCAAGAGAAGUCAGGUCGCCAUGAUUGGAGGCCACUACCUUUAUCAAGUUGACGGAACUGAACUCGUUUCCUUGACCAUGUCCUCUUCAUCUCGCUUCAAGGUAGACAGAGACGCAGAAGAAGCGCGUUUCAUUGGUAUUCUUAGCAACCUUGAUCUGUCACGUUCGUUUUACUUCAGUUAUUCUUACGAUAUAACACGUACACUGCAACACAAUAUCGUCAGGGAGAGGCAGGCGAUGCGACAGGGCAACGCAGAUUCGUCCCUAAAGCACCGGAAUUCUAUGUUCGUUUGGAACCACCAUUUGCUUAGCCCUGCAUCGGAGGCCUUGAAGAAUACCUACGAUUGGUGUUUGCCAAUGGUGCACGGUUUCGUAGACCAAGCUACUCUAUCCGUCUAUGGGCGAACUAUCCAUAUCACCAUCAUUGCGAGACGGUCAAGGUUCUUCGCUGGUGCACGGUUUUUGAAGCGUGGAGCAAACGAUCUGGGAUAUGUCGCCAACGAUGUCGAGACAGAACAAAUUGUGUCAGAGAUGUUGACGACCUCAUUCCACGCACCGGGCCCCGAGUUAUUCUGCAACCCAAACUAUACGUCCUAUGUGCAACACCGUGGAAGUAUUCCAUUGUAUUGGACGCAGGACAAUACUGGAGUGUCACCCAAACCAGACAUCGAAUUGAAUCUCGUGGACCCUUUCUAUGGUGCAGCAGCUCUUCACUUCGAUAAUCUCUUUGAGCGUUAUGGGGCUCCAAUAUUCGUUCUCAACUUAGUCAAGUCUCGUGAGCGAACGCCUCGUGAAUCAAUUCUUCUUCGGGAGUACGGAAACGCAAUAUCAUACCUGAACCAAUUCUUGCCCACGGAUAAAAAGAUUCAUUAUAAGGCAUGGGACAUGAGCCGAGCUUCGAAAAGUCGAGAUCAAGAUGUUAUUGGCACGCUGGAGUCGACCGCGGAAGAUGUGAUGACUCGAACAGGAUUCUUUCGCAAUGGCACUUACGAGUCUGGAGAGCUGAGCAUGCAAAACGGGGUAGCAAGGACCAAUUGCAUCGACUGCCUCGACAGAACCAACGCCGCUCAAUUUGUCAUUGGUAAACGAGCUCUGGGCCACCAGCUGCAUGCCCUGGGUAUCAUCAGCGAUACCUCGAUCGACUACGAUACUGACGCUGUCAACCUUUUUACACACAUGUAUCACGAUCAUGGCGACACUAUCGCCAUACAGUAUGGCGGUUCUCAUCUGGUAAAUACUAUGGAAACAUAUAGGAAAAUUAAUCAAUGGACAAGCCAUUCUCGAGACAUGGUGGAAAGUUUCAAGCGCUAUUAUAACAACUCCUUCCUUGAUAAACAACGACAGGAAGCGUACAAUUUGUUCCUUGGAAAUUACAUAUUCGUUCAGGGCCAGCCAAUGCUGUGGGAUCUCUCGACCGAUUACUACCUUCACCAUACAGAUCCUCGCUCAUGGUCCGGUUCAAGGCGGAAAAAUUAUAUCCAGUGGUUCACCCCGGAGCAUCUUGACGGACCGGCAAUGCCCGAAGAUACCAAGCCACAGGGUUACCUUUCUGGAAAAUCACUCGGCUUUUUCGACGAGUAUUGGUUUGAAUACUACCGUCCUCUUGCAUUAUCAUCUUUCCAAAAGAUGUUCUCCUACAAGAUGAACUCCACCCUCAGGGUCAGAGACGGUCAUGAACACGCUUCACCCGACAAAGGACAGCAGAGGAAAGGGGUUACGAUUACAGAUACUGGAGAGGAGAUAAGUGAGGACCAAAAGACACAGCCUGCCUACAGUGUCCCGCAAUCAAAGCGCGCUCUACCGUCAUGGCUGCAAUCUCAGCUCGGCGAGCAACCACCGCCUCAGCAUAGUAUCUUAAAGAGUUCCCACGCCAAGAGCAAAGACGGCUCGUCACAAGUUGAAGCCGCGAAAGAGAAGAAGGCACUCAAAGACAAAUCGGCCGUGACGCAAUGGACUCUCGACCAAUUCGUUACGAACUCGCUCAACCCUUCUGUGGCUGAUACAGAGGCACAUGAGUACCAACGCUACAUCAGCCAUCCCUUGAAUCUUCCUCUUGUGGUAACGGCUGAUAUGCCGCCGAACCCGAAACUAGAGUUCCUUGGCUAUGUCAACAGCAUCUCAGCAGAUGCAGUGAACAGUAUGCACUCGACAGAUGACGAUCUGGCAGACUAUGCAGAGUUUCUUGACAUCGGAGAAGACCCUCUGACUGUAACGGAAGCCGACACGGCAAAGAAGCGGUACAAAGCCUAUCGGCAAUGGGUAAAAGGCAAAUCGCUUUUCAAGCAGCGCGUGGAUCCGUAG